AUGGGUACCGGGGCAUCGAAAAAGCACCAUAAGCACCACUCUAAACGAAUAUCGUCACCGCCACCGCCAGGCGAGAGCCUCUUGCCAUUAAAGGAUACUGUUCAACCAAAGACUCCUGUCCAAGAACAACAUUUCAGUCACGAAGCACAGAACAAGGACAUAAAAGAACAGGUUGACGUUGCUCGAACCAGUCAGACCAGUACUGAUAAGGAAGCUUCACCCAACGAUACUCUUGAAAUGUACAAGGCCAAAUAUCCCGACCAAGCUGAGGAUCUAGAAACAAUGCUUGAAAGACUACAAGCGCUCAAAAACUUUGUUGAUAAAGAUUUAAAUGACCCUGAAGACUAUGCCAAGUUGGGUAAACAAACGAUCGCGGGUUUAGUUGAAACAAACUUCCGCAGAUCUGAAUCCGCUGGGACUCAAGAGGAAAAACAGUUUAUCACACUUAUCGAAUUCACCAUUGAUGUCGGUGGCGCUGAACAAUUUAAACUUUUCGUACAGCAUUGCUUUAAGAAAUUCAGCUACCUCAUUAAAGAAGAGUCCGACGAUGAAGAGUCCGACGAUGAAGGAGAAACUGACGACUACACAUGUUACGAUUGUCUUUCUGAAACUCUAGGGGUAAUAGUGGGCUUCUCAGACUUUCACCAAGGUUUUUGCUCAGCGUGUGCGGAUGCAGGUGUCAUUUCAAUGUGUUUUGAAAACAUCAAACGAAUUGAUGCUGAAAACCCCAACUGGGAAGAAAAAUAUAAAGUCACCGAGCUAAUUUUAAACUCUAUUGGAAUUUUGCAUAACAUUUUAUGGCGACUAAGGGACCGUGAGCUGUUUUCUAACCGUGAGCUGUUUGCUAACCGUGAGCAAACGUUGCUUCACUUUGCUAAGACAAAAGUUCGGACAAUUGCAGCUUUAUCUCUGCUUACUCUAGCAUAUUUAGUUGAUGAAAACACGAAUCAUCUCAUUUCGGCGGACAAGAACUUGCUUAGAUUUAUAAUAAUAUUAUUAGAUGAGGCAUGGCAGUCGGAAGAUCGACAUUCGAAUGGAUUUUCUGCAAAGGAACUCGCAGAGGGCCUUAGCCACCUGGCCGUCAACGACGACAACAAGAAAAUUUUGGGACAAAUCGGAGUCAUUCCUGUUUUAAUUCAAGUGAUCAAAACGUCCAACGAGGAUGAGGAGAAAGCCAGUGCUACAAGAGCGUUGUGGAUGGUAGCUUUUAAUGACAAUAACAGAAAAAGAAUACGUCAAGAAAAAGGGGCUAUGGACAUCUUACACCAGUUACAACAGAGCAAGAACCCAGAAGUGCAGAAGGCUGCUGCAGGUGCAUUGUGGGAACUGGAAGGAAAGACAGCUAGGCACUCGGAAAGGAUGAAAUCGAGCGGGAAUCACGUGAUGAUCAGCUACCAAUGGGAUUCCCAGGAAGUGCUUGUCGAAGUGAAAAACAGGCUUCAAGCAAGUGGAUACAGAGUAUGGAUGGAUCUGGAGCAGAUGAAAGGAUCGACCUUGGAGGCAAUGGCUGAAGCUGUUGAGAAUGCUUCUGUUGUUCUUGUCUGUGUCUCGCGACGAUACAAGGAAAGUCAAAACUGUCGUUCAGAGGCGACGUACGCUUAUGACUUGAAGAAAGAUAUCAUUCCUUUGAUGAUGGAACGUAAUUACAAAGGAGACGGUUGGCUGGGCAUUAUCGUGACAGGAAAGAUGUGGUUUGACUUUCAGAGUAAACACGUAUUAGAACAAAGUGUAACGAAAGUGAUCAAAGAACUAGGAGGAAGAGGAAAGGAUGUUGACGUGACAGAUGGACCAUCCGAGCCAGUGGUGCAAGCAGUUCAAUCUGACAUUGUUGCCACUUUACCCUCAUCCCCUGGAGUGUCUACCUGGACUAACGAAGAGGUGAAACAGUGGUUCAAAGAAAUCGGUUUAGAAAAGGUUUGUAAGAAAAAAAUUUCGGGGAUGAAUGGAAAGUCACUGACUGAUCUUCAGCAAUUACGCUACGAAUGCCCCGAGUAUUUCUACAGAUGUUUGGAGCGGGACUUGAACUUGACGAACAUGCUAGAUAUAUUCACAUUUACGAAGGGGCUGGGAGAGCUGUGUUAAGAAGGACAGACCUUGAUUGACCUUCAACAACCAAUACGCAAUGAAUGACCAGAGUAUUUCUACAGAUGUUUAGAAAAGAACUUGAACUUGUCGAACAUGGUAGAUGUAUUCACAUUGAGGAAAGAACUGGGCAAGCUAUGGGACGCAGUGUGUGUCUGAGUGUUAUAAGCCCAGUUUAUCGGUACGUGCAAGAUAUGGAUAGAACAACCCGUUUAGAUCAAGGCAUUUAUAGCUUAUGGUUUGAACUUCUUCGUAUGUUACGUUUAUGACUUUAUAAGAGAUAGCGGGUAAAGCUUUUCUUGUAAUCUUUUAUUUCAUUCCAAAUUUGCUCAAGUGUGUUUUCUUGUUUAAAAUAUUACUACCACCCCUUUUCAUUUUGAACCAAAAAGAAAAGUGGAAAAAAAAGUUGUAUUAAUAACAAAUAUAUCAUUGAAUACUGACAUCAUUUGGACUGGGAAAAGCUUAAGAUAUACACCAAAAAUAUAUGGCAUGAUAAUUGCCUGACAAAGUUUCCUUCCAUCUUUUCUAGGCUUUCUUUCUUGGUAAUCAAAGUACGUUGAUUACCCAUAUAUCACUGUAAAGAUUUUCAUGUAUUAAAGUUAGUAAUAAAGCCCUACACUGUGAGGGUUGGCUUUCAAAUCGACGGUUAGAGGAGUAUAAACCCACAAGAUCCGAUCCUCAAUAAGAAACUGCAAAGUCGUUCCCGAAUAUUACCCUAAAUGUACGGGAGCUUACCAUCUACACAAACACCUUGUGCAUAAACAUAAAACUUUUUUAAAAUUUGACGUGGUGAGAGAACGACCCUCUACAAAGUAUAUCCAAGGCUGAACAGACCAAAAAAAAAAGAAGAAAAAUUGCAUCGCUGCAAUUCACAGCCCAAAUUUCGUUCUGAAGAACAUGCUUACCUCCAUCAACGUUAAGUUCAUCUUCAAUUGUCUGUUUAUCGGCAAGUUUAAGAGAUAAAGGGUUGUUCAAUACUGCAAAAAUAUAAGUUUAAAAUUUUAGAGAAUUUUAGCAUUUUCAGUGUCCCCAAUUAGAAAGUUACUCAAGUUUAAAACUGUUGACGAAAAGCCAUGAGAAAAAACAAUUUCAGCGAACUUCAUAGAACUCAGUUUUACAAGAUAAUUAUAUUGAAUGAAUCAUGCGAAUGGCUCUCGUUACGCUACACGGAUGGAUGGUGCUGUACGUCUUAUUUCAAUACCUUUCUCUUGGAAAAAUAGUAAAAAGGAAAAUAAAAGGAAGAAACAAAACAAACAGGGAAUUAAUUACGCUUGCUUAUAAACCUAGAUAGAUUUAACAUUCAUUUUCUGUAAAGAGUCUUUGGGGCGUAAAAGCAAAUGAAUGAGACGGCUGUACGCGUUGGUUGAAAAUACUAAAUGCACCCUGUAGUGGUUUUAUAGUAAGUCUAAUUAAUUCUUAUUUGGAUUUUUACAAUGCUCAUUUUUACUUUUAGCGUUUUUCUAUGUUACAACGUUAUUGUAAUUGACGUCAACGCGAAACCCGCCAGGUAACGCGAUUUAUGCAUGGCAACGAGUGGUUCGUAACGGUGUGAAUAAAUCGAUAAUGUGGCGCUGAACAAUUGAAACGUUUCGUACAGCAUUGCUUUAAGAAAUUCAGCUACCUCAUUAAAGAAGAGUCUGACGAUGAAGAAGAAACUGACGACUACACAUGUAUUGUCUUUCGAAUACUUUAG